CGAGAUCAAAGCGUGUCGCAACUCUCUUUUUCAACGGCGCUGGGCGAAUCCAACAUGGCGGCACUGGUUUAAAGCACACUGCGCAUGCGCUUCAUUCCUACACGCUCAACUGCUCUCUCUCUCUCUCUCUCUCUCUGUCUCUGUGUGUGUGUGUGUGUGUGUGUGUGAGAGAGAGAGAGAGAGAGAGAGAGAGAGAGAGAGAGAGAAUGGGUCGAGGUGGCAGAUAAAGAACCAAACGCACACUCUGUUAAAUCCGGUUCUGUUCAAACCGAGAUCACUUCACGGAGCCCUUUAACAUCCCGAACUCACCAGACCGGAAGUGAGGGACUCUGUGGAAACCGUUAGUGGAAUCAACUGUCAUUCGCUAUAUAGUGAAGAGUGGAUAGUGAACGAGUGAUCGAUUUCGGACACGGCUUAAGAGUGAAGAGGCUGAAGUUGAAAACUUCACGUUGCCACUGACGACGCCAUUACAGGAAACCAACAAACACUUGGUCACGGAGCUUCCUUCUCCACACGGGUUUCGAAGCUCUGAUACUCUGCGUAACAUCACUAAAGUGUCCUGAUUCUUUACACCUCUAGUAAUGAAAUCCGAGUCCACACGGCGCUCUUUAGGAAAAUCUCCACAGACUCCUGCUGCUACUGGUUCAAAGAUUUACCACUGCACACAGUGUGGGAAGAGUUUUACAAAACGUCAUCAUCUCCAACGACACGAGCACAUUCACACAGGAGAGAAGCCCUAUCACUGCUCACAAUGUGGGACAAGUUUUACUUGUCUGAGUAAUCUCCAUCGACACGAGGGUAUUCACACAGGAGAGAAGCCGUAUCACUGCUCACAAUGUGGGAAGAGUUUUACUCGUCAGAGUAAUCUCCAAAUACAUGAGCGCAUUCACACAGGAGAGAAGCCGUAUCACUGUGGACAAUGUGGGACAAGUUUUACUUGUCCGAGUAAUCUCCAUCGACACGAGGUCAUUCACACAGGAGAGAAGUCGUAUCACUGCGGACAUUGUGGGAAGAGUUUUACUUGUCAGAGUAGUCUCCAAAUACACGAGCGUAUCCACACAGGAGAGAAGCCGUAUCACUGUGGACAGUGUGGGAAGAGUUUUACUUGUCAGAGUAGUCUCCAAAUACAUGAGCGUAUCCACACAGGAGAGAAGCCGUAUCACUGUGGACAGUGUGGGAAGAGGUUUACUCAUCAGAGUCAUCUCCAUCAACACAAGCACAUUCACACAGGACAGAGGCCGUAUUUCUGUGGACAGUGUGGGAAGAGUUUUACUCGUCAGAGUCAUCUCAAUCAUCACGAGCGCAUUCACACAGGAGAGAAGCCGUACUUAUGUGGACAAUGUGGGCGGAGCUAUACUCAUUCAAGUUCAUUAAGGACACACAAGUGCUCUAACGUGAAGCCAUGAGACCUUGAAAUGUGAAUUUGUCAAGAUAAGAUGCAUGUUUUUAAAGGGAGGUAAAGAGACAUUCCGGCAUAAAACUAUAAUGUAUUAUUUGUCAUGGACUGUAGUAUUCUGUUGCAUGGUACUUUAGUGCUUACUCUCUGGGUUUGAGCAGAAUUCAUGAUUUUAUGUUGUUUCUGUUUUUCCACAAACGAUACAAUUCCAAGCAUGGAAUACACAUUUAACCAGUGGGAAUGCCCACUUUAAUCAACUAAUCCAGACCUCUGAGUGAGACACAUGACUCUGAUAUCUCCCUCUAACAAAACACUCUUCAUAUUAAAUGAUUUUAAAUAGCUAGAAUUUGCUUUAUAAAAUGUCAUGUUGUGCGUACUAUCGAACUGGACACCUUUCCAAGCCAACAGAAGAUGGUUGUGUUCAAAGGCAAUUUGAAGAGAUAGUUCUUGUCCAAGUUGCUUCAUCUUUGCAGCGUUUAUUUAACUACAGCUAACUAUACUGUAUGGCCAAAAGUAUGGGGAUGCCUGACCACCUCACCCAUAUAUAUGCCUUUUGAACAUCCUCUGAUGGAACAGUACACACUUACACAGUAAGAUAAAGAAAUGGAUUUUGUUGUGUAUAUAUGUUCCUUUAAGAAGUAAGAUAAUAUUUGUAUGACUUGCAAGUCUUAGAAUUUUUACUGCAGGAUCAAUCACAAUCGUGGAUAUACAGUGAAUAGAGCAUUUAGCGAGUACUGGUAAUCAGGGGUCUGGGUUUGAUGACUCCUUCACUUUAGUAAAUCACAUGUAUAAUAAGAAAAGUAUAAACUUGGUGCAUUAUUAAUCAACAAAAAUUCUCCACAAUGCAAAUCAUAAAUGGGUUUUCUCAUACAUUACAUUUAUUCAUUUAGCAGAUGCUUUUAUCCAAAGUGACUUACAAAUGAGACAAUACAAUCAUAGUUGUGUAAUUUUCUUUUAAAUGUGUGAAAUGUUACAUUUAUAAAUUUUCAGAUGCUUUGCUUUGACACUCACGGAUAAGCUCAUGCAUAUUAAUCAUCCUUCAUGUUUCUCCAACUUGAAUAAAGUUUACCUGUGGGAUAUUUUUAUUACUCCACAGGCUCUUCCUCCA